AUGCCUUCUUCACUUUCUCCCACGGUAGAUGUGUACAGCAAGGUCAUGUUGGAAUUACCCCCGAAAAUCAAAUCACUGCCGACGCCGACGGUCCGGAAGGUCAACACCAACGAUGGGAUGUCAUGGCACGUGAAACAGACGGGCAUGGGACGAGAUCUUAUUCUGAUACCUGCCUGCGAAGGCGACAGCUCUACCUAUGAUCACCUCGGCGAUCUCCUCUCCUCCUCAUUCAGAAUAACCACAUUCGACAUGCCUGGCUUCUCCAGGACGAUCGCGCCGCCCUUCUCGAUGGAAGACCUCACGGUACAGAUUUUGGCGACUCAGGUCGUCACGUUGAUGGACGAACUUGCGAUACCGACAGCGACCUUCUUCUCAGUCAGCACUGGGAGCUUAGUGGCGAUGGGCUUGGUAACAUACUACCCGGACCGGGUCGAGCGAAUCAUCAUCCACGAGGCCCCUCUCCACGUUCCCCAAGGAUUCAGACUCUUGAAGCUCAAGGACGACGCUCAUGUGAUGCACCAAUGUCGCGAAAUGUUUCCCGCACUCCUGAUGGAGAGUAGAACGGCGUGGGAAGCUAUGGGAGCCGAGUACCAUGCUCGGAUGGAGAAGAACUAUGUCACCUGGCUCAGGAAGUACAUCGGCCAGCUGGAAUGUCACCAUUGGGACGAGGGAUUGCUGCAGAGACCUGUGUAUUGGAGCGUUGGAUCGUUGAAUGUGAUGGGAGGCUUCUACGACAACAUUAUUUUGGCGACGAAAUUAGGCCUCGAGGUCGAGAUACUUCCGUGCAAGCACUAUCCACAGCUAACGAUACCGGAAAUACUCGCGGCACAUAUUCGAUGUUGUGUGAAGGAUGGGGCUUGA